ACAUUUUUUCCCCUUUGUUAAGCAACAAAUUCAGACCCACCUGCAGACUCUGAAGGGAGAGCGAGAGAAGCUCACAGAGUUUCAAGUGCGUGAAGAAAGGGAAAGCCAGGAGUGGAUGGAAGGGACAGAAGCUGACAAGCAGGAGAUGGUGUCUGGAUUUCAGCAACUGCACCAGUUCUUGCAACAGCAAGACCACCACCUGCUGGCACACCUGGAACAGCUGCAGGAGGAAAUUAGAAAGAAGAAAACUGAAACAUUCAUCCAUCUCUCUGAGGAGAUUUCCCAUUUCACUGACCUGAUCACUGAGGUGGAGGGGAAGUGCCAGCAGCCAGUGAGUGAGCUGCUGCAGGAUUUCAGAAGCACUUUGACCAGGUGCGAGAAGGCAAAGUUGCAACAGUUGGUGGGUGUUUCUCCUGAGCUGGAAAAGAGAGUUGUCAAUUCCUACCAGAUCAAUAAAGCUCUGAAAGAGACUCUGAAGACUUUUAAAGGUACAGAGGAAGGGGAAGGGAGGCAUGUUUCUGUAACUGCGGGAGAAGAGGAGUUUAGCUACUAACUACCAAUUAGCUAC